GCCCCGCAUCUCCCCGAACCCCGCCGCAGCCCCGCCUCCGCUCCCACGAUUACCCUGAAGCGGCGGUGUUCCUUGCUCGCGCCCACCCGGGGCUCCUAGAGCCUCCGUGCCCGCGGCAGCAUCCCGGUGCCCCCCUCCGGCCGUGGUGGUAGAUCCCAGCGCUACGGCGUCCGAGCAAGGCCGAAAGGUCCGCGGCGCCGGCGGUUCGCGUUUCUCGUGUUGCCUUGACUGACAGCUGCUCCGCCGUGCGUCGGCGCGCACAGAGCUGAAGCGCUGCAGCAUGGCGCGCGGCUGCCUCCAGGGCGUCAAGUACCUCAUGUUCGCCUUCAACCUGCUCUUCUGGCUGGGUGGCUGUGGUGUCCUGGGUGUUGGCAUCUGGUUGGCUGCCACACAGGGAAACUUUGCCACCCUAUCAUCCUCAUUUCCAUCCUUGUCGGCUGCCAACCUACUCAUCGUCACUGGGACCUUCGUCAUGGCCAUCGGCUUCGUGGGCUGCAUUGGGGCCCUCAAGGAGAACAAGUGCCUACUGCUCACUUUCUUUGUGCUGCUGCUGCUAGUGUUCCUGCUGGAAGCCAUCAUUGCUGUGCUCUUCUUUGCCUACAGUGACAAGAUUGACAGUUAUGCCCAACAAGACCUGAAGAAGGGCCUGCAUCUGUAUGGCACACAGGGCAACGUGGGCCUCACCAAUGCCUGGAGCAUCAUCCAGACUGAUUUCCGAUGCUGUGGCGUCUCCAAUUACACUGACUGGUUUGAGGUAUACAAUGCCACUCGUGUGCCCGACUCCUGCUGUCUGGAGUUCAGUGACAGCUGUGGGUUACAUGAACCUGGUACCUGGUGGAAGUCGCCCUGUUAUGAGACAGUGAAGGCCUGGCUCCAGGAGAACCUGCUAGCUGUGGGCAUCUUUGGACUGUGCACGGCACUGGUGCAGAUUCUGGGCCUCACCUUCGCUAUGACCAUGUACUGCCAGGUGGUAAAGGCGGACACCUACUGUGCAUAGGUCUCACAGCCUCUGCUUCUCUGCCAAAGGACCCGCCCACGGGAAGGAAGCUGGCCAAACCCGCUUCCCAUGCAGGACUGGUGCUCUGCUGAGUGCAGGGGGAAGAGCUGGAGGCCAGAGCACCCAGGAUCCAUCCCUGCACCUGAGGGGACUCUGCUUGGGUGGCAGCAGAGACACCAGACUAUAGAGUUGGUGCCAAAUGGCACCCAGGGCUAAGGGCCCAGGGAACUUUGACACUUUUUAUAUCCAUAUAUACCUUCCAGUGUUCACAAAGGAUGGGGUCCCCAGCCUUGCAAUGUUGCCAGGUUGGGGGCAGGCCCAGUCUGCUCAAGGCCCAUGAUGAUCUUGGUGCUCCAGGCAGGGCCAGGUCCCAUGAUCCACAUUCCAUGACAGUGUCGUGGUUCCAGAUGCAUCUUAAUAAAGUGUGUGAGCAGACUCUGGGUCUUGCUGGACACACAAAGGUUGUACAGCCA